GAGCCAGUGAGGGCUGGGAGUGUCCUCAGCCUGGGGUGGCUGCGUCGAGGUGGACUCAGAGACUGAGGCCGUGUACGGGAUGACCUUCAAAAUUCUGUGCAUCUCCUGCAAGCGCCGUAGCGAGACCAAUGCCGAGACCUUCACUGAGUGGACCUUCCGCCAGAAAGGCACCGAGGAGUUUGUCAAGAUCUUGCGCUACGAGAACGAGGUGCUGCAGCUGGAGGAGGACGAGCGCUUUGAGGGCCGCGUGGUGUGGAACGGCAGCCGGGGCACCAAAGACCUGCAGGACCUGUCCAUCUUCAUCACCAAUGUCACCUACAACCACUCAGGCGACUAUGAGUGCCAUGUCUACCGCCUGCUCUUCUUUGAGAACUAUGAGCACAACACCAGCGUCGUCAAGAAGAUCCACCUUGAGGUGGUGGACAAAGCCAACAGAGACAUGGCGUCCAUCGUGUCUGAGAUCAUGAUGUAUGUGCUCAUUGUGGUAUUGACCAUAUGGCUCGUGGCAGAGAUGGUUUACUGCUACAAGAAGAUCGCGGCUGCCACGGAGGCUGCCGCACAAGAGAACGCCUCGGAAUACCUGGCCAUCACCUCAGAAAGCAAAGAGAACUGUACGGGUGUCCAAGUGGCCGAAUAGCCCCGGCCCUGGGCUCCGCCUCAAGGAAGAGCCAGCCCCAGUGGGGAGUAUCCGGGCCCAGCCUGCCCCCAAUGGGGGCUGGCCAUUCCCGGACCCCCACAGGCCUCAGAGUCCUGCCAACGGAGCCGGGUGGGAGGGGCAGGGGGCUAGGCUCGCACCCCAACCCAGCCUUCUUCAGCUCCUGCCCCAGUGCCCGCCCACCGCCAUGCAUGAUGGGUAAAGCAAUACCGCCGCUGCCCCCACCCCUGCUUCUGCUGCCUGUUGGGGGAGGGGGUGGUGAGGCAGGGGCAGCGGCUCCGCACCCCUUCUUCUUGCUGAUUUGCACACACUGGCCGCUUCAGACACGCACUUCUGGGGCCACCCCUCCCUGCCUCAUCCCUGCCCGGCGGCGGGGGUCGUGAUGGGCCAGAACGGUUUGGGGCGAGGGGUUCUGGGACCCCCCGGACCCUCCGUGCCAUUCCCCCCCUGCUUCCUCCGGCUGGACCUGGGGUCCCCUCUCCCUGUGAUGCACUCUCGCCCCGGCCCGACCCCGCCCUCUCUCACCAGCCUUGGAUUGUGGUCGCUUAGAAAGGGGCCCACUCAGCCUGUCUCUUUACAGAAGUAGUUUUGUUCAUUGAAUAAAGAUUCUUGGACUUGAGUCAUA